ACCAACAUACACGCGCCUCAUCAGCUCACACUGUAGUACGUCAUCUCCCCGCCACGUGUCACUCGAUACCCCUCCGUCCGUACCCUCGCAAUCUGGACUUUACUCUUUACUGAACUGUCUCAGAACACACCCUCCCUCUCUCUCUCUCUGUCUGUCCUCCACCCGAUAUGGAUACCCUCCUCCUCGGCUGCCCAUCCACGGCCAAACGCCCCUGCUGCUCACUACCGUCCGAUCCCCUCGUCUUAACCGCGAGCCAUAGGGUUUCGAUUUCCAGACCGGAUCCAAUGGACCGGCUACUGGAAUCGUUCCUAGGUCUAUCCGAUUCGACGUCGACGCUCUCCCUAGACCUCUCCUUUGACCGCCUGCUCGAGUCCAGGCCUUGUGAUUCGGACCAGAACGAUAUGAUCGAGCGGGCGAUGAGGUUGGGAUCUGUGCUCCUCGAAGCCGGUAAGAGAUCUGCCAGAAAGCGCGCCACUAUGCACAACGCCGUCGUUUGGGCCCUGCCUCCUGAUCUCACUACCAAAGUUUUUUCCGUACUUGAUACGCAGAGCGUAUGCUACGCUGCAGCUACGUGCACAUUGUUCCGUAAGUGUACGAUGGAUCCUUUGUGCUAUGCCAACAUUGACUUGACGGCAGAAGUCCCAAGGGUCAAUAAUGUGGUUGUGUCUACGUUUAUUCAACGAGCUGGAAAAGUUCUUCAGUCUCUCAAGCUAGGUAUAGUUCCUGGACCAACUGCAUCACCGGGAUCCUCUCAACCGCUAGUUUAUACUAUCAGAAAUUCUGCGGAUGCACCUGGCUUUUCAUGGAAUGAUAAGAGAUCAAGACAGGGAAAGGAGUCAUCUAGUCUCACAAGGUCCUGUUUGAGCUCUUUGAGUGGGGACAGUGAUGCUCCUGGGGCUCGUUUGAGGAGGUUGCACCUCUACAAUAUUGAAAGAAUGGAUAACGCAGCUCUGUGUGCAGCUUUGUCAGCCUGCCCAUCUCUCCUUGAUCUAGAGAUUGUUGGACUUCACGUUGAACUGAGGCAGACAUUGGAAUCAGUGAGCAAAUAUUGUCACUUGAUAGAGCGGUUGCAUUUUGAAGCUUCGAAAGCAGGUAGAGAUGAUAGUUUGAAAUGGCCAACCUGCAAUGACCUAGUGAAAAACUGUCCUCAUAUAACUUCCUUAGCACUGAGAGGAUUUAAGCUGCAUGACAACAAAGUACGCGUUCUUGUCAAGGGUUUCCAUAAACUGAAAUAUCUUGACUUCUCAACCUCCUACUCAAUCACUGGUGGCUUUCUCAGGAACCUUGGAGGAGAUGCCGGCGGAAAUCAACUGGAGGUUUUAAUUUUACGAGACUGUAUGCAUCUCAAAGAAGUGGAAGUUGCACGGAUGUGUACUGCAGUUAUUGCAGGAGAUUUCAAGAUCCUUAGGCAUCUUGACAUAUCGAACAGGGAAGGUCUAGCAUCUGAAGGUGAUUGGUAUCAUAGAUGUUAUAGCACAAGUGGCAUUCCUGUAAAGCAACUGGAGGAAGAAAGGCCUGGUUUCUACCUUGCGGCUGAGUUCCCUCAUGAAGGAAGUUUCAUCGAUAUUGAACAAAUGGUUGCCAAUGAAGCAUACAGUGAUUUGAGCUCACCUUCACAGCCAAGCAGUCAUACAUCAGAUGGAAGUGGGACACUGUUCACGAGUUCAACAGAAAGUAGCUACAAUAGCGAUCAGGGUAGUGGCAAUGAGGAUGGCCGAGAAGCCAGCUACAUAAUUUAUGAGGAGAGUUCAGAUGAAGUGGACUUUCUGGUUGGCUGAAAGAAGCGCCUAGUAAGCAUGAACCAGAUUUUCAAGAUGAUAAACAAGAUGCUUUAAGGGGCUUUGGCAGGACGGAAAAAAAAAAAAAAAAAACACGGUGUGGUGAAUAAAAUGGUUGUAGGCAAUGGAUGUCUGAAUAUCCUCUCAUGUGGUCAUCCCCACCGUUAAGGCAAAUGCUUGCUGCUUGCAGACCUUGUAAAUGCGGAGACUUGGUAGUGUAUUUUUCCCUCCCUUUUCAGUUUUUAGAGAUGAAUAUCGAGCCUGUAGUUCACUCCGUUAGCCUAGAUGGAGACGCGGAGUACCUAUGAGAGGGAUUAUUUUUCAUUCACCCUCUCAAGCAGUCACCCAUGUUUGUUGUCGUUUAUACUUAAAAACUUGUGCAACAUUUUCGAAUAAUUGUUGCCACUAUAUUAUGUGUUAGUUAUACGAAUUUUCCGAGAAGCCUGGAUAAA